AGCAGGAGCCAGGACAGGAAAUGGCAAAUUCUCAGAAUGAGACAAGGCUUUCCCAGGGCAGUCAUUGGUUCUCUGAAACUAUAAAGCAUGCUCAUCCAGAAACAGCCUCAGAUUUCUCUUUCCUGAAGAUAGCCAAAAGGCAUGGAGGGGCCGGCGGCCUGGGAGCUGCAGGGCACCGACGCGCUGCGGCGCUUCCACGGUCUGUUGCUGGACCGCCGGGGCCGACUGCACGGCCAGCUGCUGCGCCUGCGCGAGGUGGCCCGGCGCCUCGAGCGCCUCCGCAGGCGCUCCCUGGCGGCUAACGUGGCGGGCAGCUCGCUGAGCGCGGUGGGCGCCGUCACCGCCAUCGUGGGGCUCUCGCUCAGCCCGGUCACCCUGGGGGUCUCGCUCCUGGCAUCGGCUGUGGGGCUGGGGGUGGCCACCGCCGGAGGGGCAGUCAGCAUCACGUCUGACCUCUCCCUGAUCUUCUGCAACUCCCGGGAGGUGCGGAGGGUGCAGGAGAUCGCCGCCACCUGCCAGGACCAGAUGCGUGAGAUCCUAAGCUGCCUCGAGUUCUUCUGCCGCUGGCAGGGCUGCGGGGACCGCCAGCUGCUGCAGUGCGGCAGGAACGCCUCCAUCGCUCUGUACAACUCCGUCUACUUCAUUGUCUUCUUCGGCUCACGUGGCUUUCUCAUCCCCAGGCAGGCCGAGGGGGCCACCAAGGUUAGCCAGGCCGUGCUGAAGGCCAAGAUUCAGAAACUGGCAGAGAGCCUGGAGUCCUGCACGGGGGCUCUGGAUGAACUCAGUGAGCAGCUGGAGUCCAGAGUGCAGUUCUGCACGAAGGCCAACCGUGGCCACCACAUAAAGACCUCUGCUGACCAGCUCUCAGCGCUGUUUUUCUGAGAACAUCCUUUCCCCUAAUGAUCGAGGCCAGAAACCAUCCCCGUGGGAUGCUCCAGAUUUGUAGGUCCCUCAGGAAAACACCAAGCUGCGUUAGGAGCUGAAUGCGAAGGAUGAGAAAAACUUUUCUUGAAGUGUGUGUAUGGGGUGGGGGAGGGGUCCUCACGUCCCUACUUUUCCCAUCACUGUGACAUCCUGCCUGGGGUUGAGUGCUAGGGACUUUUUACUUGCCCUAUCCUAGUAGGAUAUGUGAUCUGAAAACUAGUUUUCCUGUAUCAAAACCAUUCAGGCUUCACAUCAUUGGGCACUCCUGUUUUAAGUUCUCCUGUGAUCCCUGCCGGCGUGCCCUUGGUUUGAGCCAAGGCUGGAGAGGGUGUGCAGACAUGGCCAAGUCCUGAUCCUCUCCAAGCCCCACUAGGCUCUGAGGUCCACUGAAUGCCUGUGAAAGGAGAUAUUAACUUUAAAACCUCUCUUCUAGAGUUCUGAGUACGAAAACCUCCAGAGUCCAGAGCAAGCAAUCUCUGAACAGUGUAGGAGGGUUCAGGACCCACGAGAGGCCCCUUCUGCUGACAUGCUGUCCCCCCCUUCUCAGCUUAUCCACUCACAGGUCCAGCCUAGGGAUAGAGUGGACCUCCCUGGAUGGCUUCAUAUCCAGAUCUCCAGGUUAUCUGAGGUGGUAAACCAACCAAGCAGUCAACUAAGUGCUGCUCCCUUGCAGGAAGAAGCUGAGGAAAGGAAGACGAAGUGACUAAUAGCCUCCUUUACUGACAGCGUAGUGUAGAGAAGAGAGCGAUGGUGUUGAGUUAGACAGUCCUGGGUUUAUUACAGACUUUUUCACCACUGUGUGAUCUUAGCCACUUAAUCUCUCUGAGACUUGGCUUCCUGGUCUGUAAAACAGAUGUUAAAAGCUCAUCCUGUUGUAUUAUGUGAGAUCAGGUGCCUAGUCCAAUGUCCGGCUCACAAAGAAUGGCCGCUGACAGCAUUAGCAUUACCUGGGAACUUGUUAGGAAGCUGGAUUCUUGGGCUCAACCCCUCACUUAGGGAAUCAGAAACUGCAGGUGGGGCCCAGCAAACUGUAUUUAAACAAGGCCACAGGGUGAUUCUGAUGCCUACUAAAGUUUGAAAACCACUGCAACAGAUGUUAGUUUCUGAUCCCCUCAAUGAGCUUUCACGAAGUCUCAUGCCCUCUCUAGGAGCUCCAUGGUCUUCAGAGUCAUUCACUGAAGGUCAACAACAGACUGUGUCCCAGAAGUAAAAGAAGAAUGUGUGUGCACACUGGUCAUUGCAUCCUGAGGCACUUUCCCAUCAGGUGAACUAAGGGAUGUAACAUAAUAAGCCCUUUAGAGGGCAGUGUUGCCCACUCAUUGUAUUAUAGAAACUGGUACAGAAAGGAAUGUGAAUUUACUGGAAAUUGACCUUUAUUACCUUCUCUGAAAACUGCCAUGCCAUGUAUUUUUUAAUUUAUUUUAAGUUUUUUUUAUUUAACUACUGUUUAUUAUUUGCAUUUAAUUUUAUUUAAUCAUCACAUUUAGAAAAUAAUAGGAAUUGCAAGUGUCUGAAUGGGAGACUACUGAGGCCCUUUUCAGAUAAGGCUGAGUUUGACUUUCUGAGGCCAGGUGUGAGCUGGAAAUAGCAUCGCUCUUCUGGAAUAAGUCUCUCUCCUUUCCACGUGAAGUAAAUGUGGGAAGUCCGGAAUAGAAAGACCAGGAGACGAGUUGAAGCUUCUAAGUGGAGGCUUGACUUCAGGGAUACAGAAAUGAUGCAAAUAUAUUUAACCUGAAGGUACUUUGCCAAUAGGUAACACUUGACCUGAAAAGAGAACCUAUUUAGUUCAGGGGGAAAAACCCAAAUAGGGGCAUGUGAAGGAAGCACUUAGACCUUGGAAGCCUGAUGUCCUGUUAAGUUGUGUCUUAUGGGUGAUAGACAAAAUAGCUUCUGUUAUAGUGGCGAUGUGUCAUGUUUUCACUUUGAGAAGUAUAAGAAAUCUGUAAGCUGUCUCUGAGAAAAUAGUUAUAAUUUCUUCAAUUUCCAUUCCUACCACUGUAAUGUUGAAAGAUAUGUUGAAAAGUCUUUGGGACCACACACACAAAACUUGGCUGUGUUAUUUAAUUAUUUAAUAUGCUUUAAAUUUUGCCAGUUUCCUUUCAUGCUUCCAAAGAUGGCAGUGUGUCUGAGGAGGUAUGACUUCAGUCCUAGGGGAGGGCUUAGUAGUUCUAUGUUUUAAUUUUUCCUAUAAAUUGCAACGAAUCGAUAUCCUGGUUUAUUUUGAAGUUGGUACUGGUUUCUUUUUAAACCGGUGUCAUUUCUUAGACUGCCCUGCAUUUUAGAUCAUCAGAAUGUACUUCACAUUGUCGUUUGAGUUAUGUCAUAAGGGUACAACCACUCCUUAACUCCGUCUUUUGUUAAUGCUUAAGUUAGAAUUAUAUUCUUCCAAUGCCUGAGCUGUUCCCUAGAAAUAAACUGGGUACUUUAGCAGCAGCAGCAGCAGCAAAUAUUUCCUGUCAUUAGGAUACUUGAGUGUCUCAAAGUCCUAAACUCCUGAAGUUAUUUCAGUGGCUGACUUUAUAUCUAAGGAAGAGUGCCUUUGGGACAACAUUUUGCACAUAAUAGAAGCUCAAUAAGUGCAUCUGAAUAAUUUAAUGAACUGCUUAGCUAUAUUAAUAGGAAUUUAUUGAUAAUGAAAGACCGUCUAUCCUCUUAUGUGUCUUUUAUUAGGACUGGUGCCUCUACCAGGAUUGGUGCGUCUACUCAUGCCUAGAGACAAAUAUUUCUUUCUUUCUUUUGUGGGAAUGUGAAUAAGGCUUUUCCUUAAGGCUUUCAUCCUAUAAACAAACAGAUUAAAAUGGUAUGUUGUAAAGGAAGAAGGGAGAAGGGUAUUUAGAUCAUAAGUGUAUUUUAGACAAAUCUCUGAGUUUGAGAAAUAAAUAUGUUUGUACUAAAGGUUUAAGUGCUUCUGUUAGUUUCUGGGGUUUAUAAUUGUUUGGAUUGUUUUCUUUCUCAAUAAAUAAGAUUUAUUUGGUUCUGCACUUCAAGGAUUCAAUAAAACUAGUUACAUUGUGCUCUGUUUUAAAAAGUAAUCCUUAGCAAACAGUUCUGAUCCUAACUGCUUCUAUGCAUUUGCUCUCAGGCACCUGUCAUAUCCAAUAUUGUAAAUGUCAAAGUCAAAAAUAUUUACCGGGAGAUUAAAGAGAGAAAAGAGUGGUGUAGAAGCCACUCUAGUUCAGAUAUGUCAAACAAUCAGUUAACUUGAUAUAUUUCUCAUUCAAUACCUUGGUGUGAAAAGAAAAUAGAGGGAAUUGAGACAUUAAGAUAAAGACAUUGUAAAGUGAUAAAUAGGGAUACAGUUAAAUGCAGCAAUUUUUGAAUUCCAC